AUGUUCGUAGCCCGGAGCAUCGCCGCUGAUCACAAGGAUCUCAUCCACGAUGUCUCGUUUGAUUUCCAUGGGAGACGAAUGGCGACUUGCUCCAGUGAUCAGAGCGUGAAAGUUUGGGACAAAAGUGAAAACGGGGAUUGGCAUUGCACUGCAAGUUGGAAGACACACAGCGGCUCUGUAUGGCGUGUCACCUGGGCUCAUCCAGAGUUUGGGCAGGUUUUGGCUUCAUGCUCUUUUGAUAGAACAGCUGCUGUAUGGGAGGAAAUAGUAGGUGAAUCAAAUGACAAACCUCGUGGGCAGAGUCACUGGGUGAAAAGAACUACACUUGUGGACAGCAGAACAUCUGUAACAGAUGUAAAGUUUGCACCUAAACACAUGGGCCUAAUGUUAGCCACCUGUUCUGCCGAUGGUGUAGUGAGAAUAUACGAAGCCCCUGAUGUCAUGAACCUCAGCCAGUGGUCUCUACAGCAUGAAAUUUCCUGCAAGCUCAGUUGCAGUUGCAUCUCCUGGAAUCCUUCAAGUUGUCGUGCUCAUUCUCCUAUGAUUGCAGUAGGUAGUGAUGACAGCAGCCCUAAUAUAAUGGGAAAAGUUCAAAUCUAUGAAUACAAUGAGAACACUAGAAAAUAUGUGAAAGCUGAAACUUUUAUGACUGUCACAGAUCCGGUUCAUGAUAUUGCCUUUGCUCCAAACUUGGGAAGAUCAUUCCACAUCCUGGCAGUUGCAAGUAAAGAUGUUAGAAUUUUCACCAUGAAGCCUUUAAGAAAGGAACUGACUACUGCAGGGGGUGUGACAAAAUUUGAAAUUCAUACAGUGGCACAAUUUGAUAACCACAAUUCACAGGUAUGGCGAGUAAGCUGGAACAUAACUGGCACGGUUUUAGCAUCGUCUGGUGAUGAUGGAACUGUUCGAUUAUGGAAAGCCAACUACAUGGACAACUGGAAAUGCACUGGUGUACUAAAAGGGGAUGGGAAUCCUGUAAGUUCCAACCAGCAAGGAUUUCUGGUUUCUUCUGUUGGAUCAACCAAUCAGAGUUUACCUAAUUCUAUCAAUGGCUCAUCUUCCAGCAGGUAA